AAGCUGUGGUAACCUCUUAAUCCCUUCUGCUGCUGGACAUGCCUCCUUCAUGUCACACGGCCUGUACUUGUAAUCCUGCAUAUUUCUCCCAUUACCUAUCUCCCCGUUUUUUGAGAUGUCACAGCGAUUUUCUACUGCCGACGUUGCGUCCCACAACAAGGCCGACAACCUCUGGAUCAUUGUCGAUGAAGAUGUGUACGACUUGACCAAGUUCCAGGACGAUCAUCCUGGGGGCAAGAAAAUCCUCCAGCGCGUUGCUGGCAAAGAUGCGUCGAAGCAAUUCUGGAAGUAUCAUAACGAGAGCAUCCUGAAGAAAUAUCAAAAGCAGUUGCAAGUGGGCUCUUUAAACACCAAAACUGCACCUCCGGCCCUUCCAGUUGCCCAUCCGGCAAAGAAGGACGUGCUCAAGCCGUCAGCUGAGCCCGGUGUUGUUGCUCCUCAACCAUCAGAGGCCGCGCAGGAGGAAGCGGAAGCGCUGGAUCCGUAUGGCGACCUUGUUCCAUAUGCUGACCCUGCCUGGUAUCAGUCUUACCACUCUCCAUACUUUAACGAAACUCACGCUGCCCUCCGCGACGAAGUCAGACAAUGGGUGGAAGAAGAGAUUAUGCCAAAUGUCACAGAGUGGGAGGAGCAGAGGAAGGUGCCAGACACCAUCUAUAAACAAAUGGGUGAACGGGGCUACCUCGCCGGUCUCCUUGGUGUCCACUACCCUACACACUUGACCAAGUCUCGGGUGCAAAGCGUGCCCCCUGAGAAAUGGGACCUUUUCCAUGAGAUGCUUCUUACUGAUGAGAUCUCUCGUGCCGGUAGUGGAGGUCUUGUUUGGAAUCUCAUUGGAGGCUAUGGUAUUGGCUGCCCACCUCUGGUCAAGUUUGGCAAGAAGGAACUUGUGAAGCGAGUCGUUCCCGAAAUUCUUAGUGGUAAUAAGCGCAUUUGUCUUGCCAUUACCGAGCCGGAUGCUGGUAGCGACGUCGCGAAUCUGACAUGCGAAGCUAAGCUAUCUGAAGAUGGCAAGCAUUACAUCGUCAACGGCGAAAAAAAGUGGAUCACCAACGGCAUCUGGUGCGAAUACUUCACCACAGCGGUUCGUACUGGCGGUCCCGGUAUGAACGGUGUCUCUGUCCUCCUCAUCGAGCGUAGCAUGGGCGGCGUCUCGACUCGCAAGAUGGACUGUCAGGGUGUCUGGAGCAGUGGCACCACCUACAUCACCUUUGAAGAUGUCAAGGUUCCUGUGGAGAACCUGAUUGGCAAAGAAAACCAAGGCUUCAAGGUCGUCAUGACGAACUUCAACCAUGAGCGUAUUGGUAUCAUCAUUCAAUGCCUGCGCUUCUCCCGCGUUUGCUACGAAGAGUCGAUGAAAUACGCCCACAAGCGUAAGACGUUCGGCAAACGCCUUAUCGAUCACCCCGUCAUCCGACUGAAGCUGGCUCACAUGGUACGCCAGAUCGAAGCAUCCUACAACUGGCUCGAGAACCUUAUCUACCAGUGCCAGAAGAUGGGUGAAAUGGAGGCCAUGUUGAAGCUUGGCGGUGCUAUUGCUAGCUUGAAGGCUCAGAGCACAACAACAUUCGAAUUCUGCGCCAGGGAAGCCAGCCAGAUUUUUGGUGGUCUGAGUUACAGUAGAGGUGGCCAGGGAGCGAAGGUCGAGAGGCUGUAUCGGGAUGUUAGGGCGUAUGCCAUCCCUGGUGGAAGUGAGGAGAUUAUGCUGGAUUUGAGCAUCAGGCAGGCUUUGAGGGUCCACAAGGCCUUGGGGAUGAAGUUAUAGGCUGUACGAUUAAAUAUGUACGAGAGACGAGCGGCUCAUUCUGGUAUUUAAAAAUCGGUUUGUGUUAAAUAGCAUAGAGGUAGAUUCAUCCCAUUCCAAUUCCUUUUCUUCAC